AUGUACAGAUUGAAGGCUGGCUAUGUGUCCACACAAACCUUGAGCACCACUUGCCGGCUUCUUGCUUCGACUCGAUUUCCUGCUCGAAGAUGCUGGCUGAGUCGUCGUACUGUUGUUGUUUCUCGGAGGAGGCCGGUUCGGGCCCCUUCAUAUACCUCAAACGAAGGAAGUUUCACGUACUCUGAGAGAUCCAUGGCGUCAGACGCCUUUCCUUUCCUUUGGAAUCUCGUUGACACGGAAGCACCUGUAGAAGGGGUGCCAGUCGGUGGGAUCUUCUGUCUCUUGGACUGUCGACCCGAGGGCCCAGGAAGUGUACUUGGGCUGGUCUGGCUCCUGGCCUCGUCGGGAGGAGGGGGGUUCUUCCGCUUCCUCGUCGACGACGGCGUUGUUCUGGAGUUAUUCGAGGUUUCUGUGGAAAUGGUACCGUCCGAGGCAGUCGAAGGGGCAGGUGCACCCGAAGGACGCGCUACCUGGCUGGCUGCUUGGCGAGCAGAUGAUCUAGUGAUUCUGGGAGGCAUGAGUAACGAGGUAUCGGAGGCCACGAACAGACACGGCUGA